UGUGUUUAAAUGUAUAACUUCAUGGGGCUGAACAGCACGGCCGUAGCUAUUCAGCCCAAUGUGUCCUGCACAUGCAACUGCAAAAGGUCUUUGUUCCAGAGCAUGGAGAUCAGCACUGAAUGUUUAGGUCGCACCUUUCCAGGUAAACUGGCGGAGCUGGAGUUUGUACAGAUAAUCAUAAUCGUGGUGGUGAUGAUGGUGAUGGUGGUGGUGAUCACGUGUCUGCUGAACCACUACAAACUCUCUGCGCGCUCCUUCAUCAGCCGGCACAGCCAGGGCAGGCGGCGGGACGAGAACCUCUCCUCAGAGGGAAGCCUGUGGCCUUCGGAAAGCACCGUGUCGGGGACCGGCAUAACAGAGCAGAUCUACACCCCGCGGCCCAGCGAGCGCCUGGCAGUGCCCUCCUUCCUGCAGAGGGACCGCUUCAACCGGUUCCAGCCCACGUACCCGUACCUGCAGCACGAGAUCGACCUGCCGCCCACCAUCUCGCUGUCGGACGGCGAGGAGCCCCCGCCCUACCAGGGACCCUGCACGCUGCAGCUGCGCGACCCCGAGCAGCAGAUGGAGCUCAACAGGGAGUCCGUGCGGGCCCCCCCAAACAGAACCAUCUUCGACAGUGACUUGAUAGAUAACUCCGUGUUCGGGGGGCCGUGCCCCCCCAGCAGUAACUCUGGCAUCAGCGCCACCUGCUACGGCAGCAGCGGCAGGAUGGAGGGGCCGCCGCCGACCUACAGCGAGGUGAUCGGCCACUACCCCGGCUCCACCUUCUACCAGCACCAGCAGAACAACAACGGGAUGCCCCCCAUCUUGGAGGGCAGCAGACUCCAUCCCUCACAGAUCAAUGGCCUUGAGAGCACAACGACGACGACGACGGCGUGGAACAAAGAGAAAGAGAAACAAAAAGGGCACCCCUUUUAAAAAAAAAAAAAAAAAGAAAAAAAGGAAAAAGAAAAAAAAAAGGCAAGAAAGUAAAUGAAACACUCUGCACUUCUCAUUAAAAGAAAAAGGAGAGAGAGUUGAGGAAGAUGAGCAAAGAAAAAAAAAAAAGAAGCCCUUCCCCAUCUCUCCGUGUAUAAAUAUUUACUUGUUAUGUCUGGUCUGAAUGCACAAGCCUACCAAGCUUGCAAAAACAUUUCUUUAUUGAGCUGUGUCUAGACGUUUAAAAAGGAAAAAAAAAUUCAACUGUAGUCUUUUUUUUUGUUUGUUUCUAGUUGGGCUGUGUGUGAAUGCUUUUUUUUUUUGUUUGAUUAUUUCACUUAUCUUUAAAAACAAAAUAUUUGCACAAAAACCAUUUUGUUUAAAGAUCUGCAAUAUAAAUAUAUAAAUAUAUAUUAAAAAUAAGAGAAAGUGUAUGUGUAAGGAGCAGGAGUAUUUUUGUAUUAGAAGAGGCCUAUUCAAAAAAAAAAGUUGUUUUCUGAACUAGAAGAAAAAUGGCAAUUUUUUGAGUGCCAACUCAAAAAGCAUGUAUUACAUUGUAAAAAAACAAAAAACAAAAAAAAAAUCAAAAGCAGGGGUUUAGAGUUAUUUAUAUAAAUGUUGAAAUUUUGCACUAUUUUUUAAUAUAAAUAUGUCAGUGCUUGUGUUGGUCAAAGCCUCUAUCAUGUCUACCAUGAACCUGUUAAGGGAUCUAAGUGGAAGUGAAGAACAAAGUAGCUGGAAGGGGAGGAGGAUCGCUGGAGUGGAGAUGCCAGCCCUGGGAGGAGCGGUGAGCGAGACUGCAGUUUAUGCAAAUCCUUAAUUUCCAGAGUCCCUGCGCAUGGCCGCCGACAGCCACGGCUUUUAUACAUUCCCUACAAAGCAGGAGGAGUUGGUGUGUGUCUGUCUGUCAUCCGGUAGGAUUAUUGGAGUAACAAGGUAAAAUGAAAACUCCCUGCUUCUCACAGUCAGGAAUGACUGAAGCAGGCAAAAAUUACUUGAUUUUUUUUUUUUUU